AUGGCAAAGAGACAGAAAACCUCUGAUACAGACGACGAGGUGUCGUCGCAGGAAAUGGAAGUUUCCCUGCAUGAUGAACGAAUUAUAACGGCAGAAGGAAUCAGAGAUAAUAUAGAGGAGUAUAUGCUGAACAGUGGCAAAAGUCGGAUAAACUCCAAAAGCCACGUGAGCUACGUGGUUGAACAAAUCGAUAAAUUAAUAGACUUAUUUCGCCACAAAGAAGAAGCGGUACCGUUGCAAGCCGCAAUGGAAAACAUCAGCAAAAAGCUGGAUCAAGUUUUGAAUAAACAGACUUCUUUUCCGCAAAGUUAUGCACAGGUUACUGCACCUAAGAAGACAAGUAAACCUAAAGAGGUUAUUUUGGUGGAACCGUCGAAAGAAGGAGAUGAUCCUGAAUAUACAAAAGAACAGUUAAAGAAGAAAGUGGAUCCAAAGAAGAUAGGAGUCGGUAUACAGGCAGUCCGUAAACUGCGUAAGGGAGGGAUUGCCAUUGAACUUAAUAGUGUUGAAGACAAGAAUAAACUUCGUAAAGAAAUAGAAGAAAAGACGGGCCUUAGGACAAGGGAGCCCGCGAAGAAGCGACCAAGACUAAUCAUCUAUGGGGUGGCUAAGGACACUCCGAAAGAAGAAAUACUGGAUUGUCUUUAUGAACAGAAUGAAGUUUUGAGCACAGGUAUGACAAUGGAGGAGUAUGCCAAGGAGAUUGAGUUAAAGUUCCAAUUUGGAAGUAGAGAGAAAAGAACAGUAAAUUGGGUGAUUGAGGUCACUCCAAAAGUGAGACAGAUGUUGUUGCCAAGGAAAAAGAUCAAUCUAGGUUGGUCACGCUGUGGCAUUGAAGAUUAUAUCAAUGUGGCACAAUGCUUCAAAUGUUGCAAAAUAGGACACAUUGCCAAAAAUUGUCCUGAGAAGGACAUAGUAUGUAGUCAAUGUGGUAAUAACCACAAGUAUCGGGAUUGUCCCAAUAAACAUAGAGUGGAAUGUUGCAAUUGUAAACGAGAGAAAUUAAGAGAAGUGAGCCAUAAUGCCUUUGAUAAGAAAUGCCCUUUAGUGCAAAAGGUACGUCGACUCAUAAUUGCUAAGAUCGAUUAUGGCAGUCAAUAA